AAGGCUAACAAUCUAUUUCGAUUACAGUAUAAACGAAUAAAUUGCUCCAUAUAAUGGAGAAUCAACUGUGUCACAAGAAAUUACGUACCAAUUUAAUCAUUGGAAUAGGACACCCUCUAUUAGAUAUAACAGCAACGGUUCAGAAUGAUUUCUUGAAAAAAUACGAUUUAAAAGAAAACGACGCAAUUUUGAUUACAGAAAAACAAAAAGAUAUGCUCGAAGAACUGAUGAAGUUUGAGGUUAAGUAUACUGUAGGUGGUAGCAUUCAAAAUACGUUAAGAGUAGUGCAAUGGUUGACUAAAGUGCACCACUUAACAACAUUUUUUGGAUCAAUUGGUAAUGAUAAAUUCGCAGAUAUCAUGUACAGUCAAGCAACAUUAGAUGGAGUAAAUGUACGAUACAAACGUAUUAAUGAACCGACUGGUACUUGUAUGGUGCUUAUAACGGGAAAUAAUCGAUCACUUUGUACAAAUCCUGGAAGUUCGAAAAAUUUCGAUUUUGAAUACCUUGUGAACGAAGAAAAUAUAACGUUACUACAAACAGCUAAAUAUUAUUAUUUGGGUGGGUUCUUUUUGAAUGUAUGUUUAAAAACCGUAACAGAAGUCGCAAAAUUAGCUGCAAAAAAUAAUCGACAGUUUUUAUUUAACUUGAGCGCACCUUUUAUUUGUCAUCUACACAAAGAAGUACUAUUCGAAAUAGUUCCUUAUAUCGACGUACUUUUCGGCAACAGAUCAGAAAUUGAAGCACUAGCUGAGAGUUUCAAAAUAGAUAAGAAAAGUUUACAAGACAAAAUUAGAGUUUUAAUAAAUUGGAAAAAAGUUAAUAAAGUUAGAACAAGAUUAGUUGUUAUUACGCAAGGAGAAAAUCACGUUUUAGUUGGAAUAGAAAAUAAAAUUUUAACAUUUUCUGUACCGAAAUUAGAGAAAAACAAAAUUGUGGAUACAAAUUGUGCGGGAGACGCUUUCGUUGGAGGAUUUCUAUCUCAAUACAUUCAAGAUCACGAUGUAGAAGCUUGUGUGAAAUGUGGAAUUUGGGCUGCUUCUGAAAUCAUUCAAAAAGAUGGAUGUACUUAUAACAACGAAACUGAUUACAAAUCUAGUUGAUUCCAAUAUAAAAUAGUUGUUGCUGGACGAAGAGAUGCAAAAUCAAUUAAAUAAAACUAAAUCAGUUCAUGUUAACUUAUAAUAGGUCAUAUUCCAGUCAGAAUGAAUAAUACCCAAAAAGAGCACAAUAAAUAGGUAUUAUCUUAAAUGCCAAACUUCAAUGAAAAGUGCAUGUUAAAAAGAAAAUAGAAGAACUUUGACUGAAAUAUGGAAACAUGUACUGGCUAAUUAGAAGAAGCUCCACUCUGUUUCUACCUAAGUUUAUGCUUUAUAAGCAGAUACUUGAGCCUGUAUGAACUUAUGGUAUCCAACUAUGGGGAUGUACCAAACCAAAUAACUCAGCAAUCACCCAAAUAUUCCAAAAGUAUUGAGGAACAUAGUAGAUGUAUCUCCAGAGGCACAUGGAAAUGAUACUGUUGACCAAGCCAUCGAGAAAUUAGCCAAGAGUCAUAAAGAAAGUCUUCAUCAUCAUAUCAAUGUCGAGGCUAUUCAGCUUCUUGACAAUACUGAGUUAGAAAUAAGACUUAAGAGCAUCAAACCCUUAGAGUUAGUUUGGUAUUUUUAGUGCAAAAGCAGAGUUUGUGUGUUCACGUUAACGUUUAGUGCAAUCAAUCCUACAGAACCUAAGGACCGCUGAUGAGUAUACCAUAGUUUCAAACUCUAUUAGAUUAAGUUAAAAUUGAACUGCUCAUUGGUCACUGUUGACCAGAUUGCUAUAUAGUGAAUGCCUUUAUUAUUGUUUAAUUGAAGAAACAGUUCCUUAGUUUAUCAAUUACUUUUCGCCUUUAAACAAGUUCAAGAAAAUUUUGUCUGCUCUUCUCUUUUUUCACAGUUUUACAUGUUUCUCUAUUUGUUAAACAAUUUAAUAUCAAAAUAUAUAAUUCUUUCAUCUAAAAACUACCCCUUGUCGAGAGGAACAAGUAAAUUUCGUUUCUCGUGCGUAUCCAAAAUGUUUUGUUUACAUUUCAGUUUUUAAAAGUUGUCUAUUGAAAAAUAUGGGAAAGCAGACUUCUAUACGUUUAUUAUUUUAUUUUUGAUGAUAAAUUUCGAUGGUAAAAUGGAAUAAACGAGUGAAAAAAAAUUGGAAAGUUUAUAAUUCAAAUAUUUUAUUUAAACUCGGGCUAUUUAAAGUUGUCGAUUUCCUUUUAGAAUUGGUUGAUUGGAACUUUGGACACGGUACACAUCAUCAGCACACAUUCAUCAAUAGACAAAACGAUUAAGAAAACACACACCAUAUUAUCAAUUAUUCACAAAAACCGAUUUUUUAACCACUAUGUAUUAAGAACUUUUGAGUUAAUUGAAUCUCACUGUUUCUUCAACUUCUUCCCAAGAAGUACUAAGUUUUCAUAAACAAACAUGUAAAUAGUGAUGUAUAAAAUAGUUACUUCAAUAUUCUGUAAUAAAAUACGAUAUAGCUUCGAUUUUUCACUUAUCAACUAACCAAUUUUUUUUAUCAACAAGUUAAAAAAAUAUCCCUUUCAUUAAAUAUGAAUGUGUUUACACGACAAUGGAAUCUUUUGACAUUGUGAGGUUAUCUCUUCAUCUAAAAAUCAAUUUAAUAUCCUGUUAACCAACAUAACCUACAAAACAUCAAAACCGAAAACAACACGUGUAAAGUAUUUUAAGAAGUUUUCUCCUUAAAUAAAAAAUUAUAACAUAAUGGAAGGCGACAGUAUUAGGGAAAAUCUUUUAUUGGGAAUGGGAAAUCCGUUAUUGGAUAUUUCUGCCGUCGUAGAUAAAAAUUUCUUAGAAAAAUAUGAAAUGAAAGAAAACGACGCUAUUUUAGCCGAUGAAAAACAUAAAACUUUGUAUGACGAAAUAACCGAGAAAUAUGAAGCAAGUUAUAUUGCCGGAGGAAGUGUACAGAACACGUUACGAGUCGCUCAAUGGUUGUUGGGGAAACCUAAAGUAUGUACAUUUUUUGGAUGUGUAGGAAAGGAUAAGUACUCAAAAAUAUUGUACGAUGAAGCAACGUCUAGUGGGGUAAAUGUUCGAUAUCAGUAUAAUGAAAAAGAACCCACAGGUACAUGUGGAGUUCUUUUAACUGGUCACAACCGUUCUCUUUGUGCUAACCUUGGUAGUGCCAAUCAUUUUACAAUUGACCACUUAAAAAAUGAAGAAAAUGAAAAACUAAUAGAUACUGCACAGUUUUAUUACGUUUCUGGAUUUUUCUUAACAGUAAAUCCAGAAGCUCAAAUGGAAUUGGCUAAAGUGGCUUUAGCAAACAACCGCCCAUUCAUAAUGAACUUAAGUGCACCUUUUAUAUGCCAGUUCCAUAUUAAAGCCCUAUCAAAUGCAUUGCCUUAUGUAGAUUUAUUAUUCGGAAAUGAGUCAGAGGCUGAAACAUUAUCAGAAAGUUUGAAGUUAGGUACCAAGAAUAUUGAAGAAAUAGCUUUGAAAUUGUCGAAUCUACCUAAAGAAAAUAACAACAGAAAAAGAACAGUAAUAAUUACACAAGGGGUUAAUCCAACAAUUGUUGCUUUCAAUGGAACAAUUCGAAAAUUCCCAGUAAAAGAAUUAUCUGAGGAAAAGAUUGUAGAUACCAAUGGUGCAGGGGAUGCCUUUGCAGGUGGUUUUCUAUCUCAGUAUAUUUUAGGUAAAAGUCUCGAGGUAUGUAUUAAGUGUGGAUCUUGGGCUGCAGCAGAAAUAAUCCAGAGGAAUGGAUGUAGUUUUGAAGGAAAACCAUGUUUUGAUCCAGAACAAUAAAAACUAAUUUUUAUACAAUGAUCUAUUAUAUAAAAGAAUAAUUGUUAUAUAUUUUUACUUUGUUAUACAUUUCCAUAAAAAAACCUUCGAAAUAAUAAGAUAUAAUUUUAAAUUCUAAUAAUAGAAUCUCUUUAAAUUGUUGAAGGUAAUUUGUUUAAUGAAAUAUAUUCAUUAAAAGUA